CCGACCACAAAUCCAUUGCGUUUCCAGCGUUCAAACGGGGAGGACAAGAACCGAUUUUACGGAAGACAGCAGAUUUCCAGGGCAACAUUUUAGCUUCGUCAUCAUGGACUCAAGAAGUAUAAUUGUUUCUUUCUUCUUCAUCGCACUUUGCAUGAUGGGGACAUCCAUCAACGCGCAGACAGAUACGACGGCUUCUACUGGGACAACGAGUACACCAGGGGGUACAGAUGCCACGGGGGCAACGGAGGGCCCAGGGGAGACGAAUACCCCAGGAGCGACGGAGGGCCCAGGGGCGACGGAGGACCCAGGGGCGACGGAGGGCCCAGGGCCGACAGAGGGCCCAGGAGCGACGGAGGGCCCAGGAGCGACGGAGGACCCAGGGGCGACGGAGGGCCCAGGGCCGACCGAGGGCCCAGGGGCGACGGAGGGCCCAGGGCCGACCGAGGGCCCAGGGGCGACGGAGGACCCAGGGGCGACGGAGGGCCCAGGGCCGACGGAGGGCCCAGGGCCGACGGAGGGCCCAGGGCCGACGGAGGGCCCAAGGGUGACAGAACCAGCAGUAACGGAGCCAAAGGCAACGGAAAAACCCACUGAAGCAACCCCCCGUAAGGAGUUUGAUAGUAUAUUCAAGAUCACACAAAUCAACGGGACGGACGCCAUAUUCACCGACGCCCUUACAGACCCUGAAACGGGUGCAUUCAAAAAUAUGAGAGACACCGUCUGUGGUGCGCUCGAAACGACACUCAACAACGCCACUUUCAAAGAUGACUUCAAAGGAUGCGCGGUGAACUCGUUCUCGGAAGGCAGCGUCAUCGCUGACUGUCGCUUGUCGUUUACGGGGACUGCAGAGGUUACGGUCGACACGCUGAAAGCACAGAUAAUCAAAGGUUUCCAGGAAUCCAAUACGGGCCUGGGCGUCGACGAAUCGUCUUUUGAAGUAAAAGAGGCACCGAAGGCAACCGCGGCACCAGGAGGCCUCUCAGCCGGAGCUAUUGCCGGGAUCGCCGUUGGCGGCGCUGUCGCCUUAGUCCUCGUGGUGGCCAUCAUUAUCUUCGCCGUCGUCAAGGUCAAUGGGCAGUCCCAGAAGGUCACGUCCAUUGAAGAAGCCGAACUGCAGCCCAGCUCGGACAAGAAACCGGAGAAGUCUCCAUCUGUGACUUCUGUGUCUUGAGAAUAUGAGUAGGCCUCGAUCAGCUAGAUUAUUUGUGGAUUGUUGGCAAACGUUUGGUUGUUUUAAGAUUACAUAUACUCCGCAUAUAAUAUACACACUGAACUCCCCCCCCCCCGUUCUGCCAAGACUAAACUUUGCAAUUGACAUUUAUAGCUUUUGUUUCAAAGUAAUGAUUAUUUAAUUUACAUGAUGAAAAAAACAUAUUUAUAUAAGCAGACUUAUUUUAUUUUUAUUUGUUUUUAAAACAUGAAUAAUUUUAGGGGUUUGUUAGGGGGGGGGGGGGUUCAGUGCGUAUCCUCGUUCCCAUGGCGUCUAUCAAUACGCCGCCCUAAGCUUCUCACCCUUCUUUCCUAUUGUAAACGAGGUUGAAAUAAAGUAAACAAAAUGGCGGACCUACCUAUAGUGUAUGUGUUGUGCAGUAAAUACACGACUGUAAUUUUAAAAGUCUUUGUAUAUACAUUAUGGAGUGAUGUUUUCAGUUUAUGCUUUGAGAAAGUGGUUGACCCACGCUUUCGGUCAAAUGCUCAUUGGAGCACCUGGAUACCACGUGACCACUGUUAAGGCACCUAAUAGAUAAUCAUAUUAUUGCCUUAAAAUAUUUAAGACGUACCAUUUUAGUUUACUUCCAUGUGAAUCAUUUAUUCGUUUUACCUUGAGUGAUUUCAAAGUGUUCGUAGUGACAAUUAUUACGACGGAAACAAAAAUGAGUUAAUUAUGGAGCAAGAGGAUAACAAUAACAAUUUUGCCUUGAGACCUCCCAUUCUUCGAAAUGUUCCAUGUGCUUCAGGCUUACGAACAAUGUGAAUACUCUAUAGCGUGGACUUUUUUAUGUGUGCUUUAAGAAUUCAGCAUUGUAAUCUGGCUAAAAUUGUACUCUUCAUAAUAAUGACAAUAUGCAUGUAAAUAGUACGAUUAAUUAAAGAGUGGGCUUUUUAUACACUCAUAUGUAAAUAGUUGUGUGUAACUAGUUGAGUGUAACUGAUAAAAAAAAAUCAGGUUUUAUUGUAUAACAGGCCUGUUUCAUACUCGGCGCGAA